AUGGCCUAUAAUAAUGGUAGCUGAGUAAGCCAGACAUUGACCUAAGUACUUUGUCUUGUUUUGUCAUGCUGAGAAUCAAAUGCAUGCCCGUCCCCCAUGUUCCUUCCAAACAAGGCUCUCCAUCCUAAACUAAGAUACACCUACAGCCUUACUACGUGUUUUGUGGCAUCAUCCCAUUUCAACCUCAACAGAAAUCUGUUAAGUAGCUAUUAUCAUCGUCAUUUUACAGACAGAAAAUUUGCCUCGAGGUCACACCAUUACAAGUGGCUGCUAUGGGAUUUCCUCACAGCUCAACUUGGGAAUCUGUGCACUUAGCCAGCUUCCUAACCUUGGACGUUCUGAUUAUUUCCAGGUUGUCAUUCUCAUAAGUAUCUCAACACUGCACAUCCUUAUGUAGAACUGAGCCGCCACCACCAAAAUCAGUGUUUUCCUGAGUGAGCGGGUGUCAACAUAGCACCGUGUUCUCCUGGGAGAAAAUACUAUGACACUUCCCUGCAAAUAGAGUCUGUGAAACUGUUCAAGGUCACUCCUUAGAAAAUGAUGUCGGAGAAAGAAUUAGGGACCCACGUCUGACUAUAGUUUCCAUUUCCUUCCAUUACUCGUUUUACAUUUAAAGGGACUAACACCAGUCUCUUCUUGCUAAACCAACCUUCAGGCCAACAGUAUCUUCUGAGACUUCCUGUUGAGGCAGGGAACUAUGCGGGUUAACUAGAGGGGGGCUGAGUGGAAUAAGAUGCUUAGUGGGGCCAGUGGCUCAAGUUAAUCGCCUGCUCCUAGGCCAGCUCCCCACUUCAGUUAGGCAGAGCUGUGGCCAAGGACAAGGAGAAAAUGCAACGCAAGAUUGAAGGCUUCUUCUUAUUACUUCUCUUUGGCUAUGAAGCCACAUUGGGAUUAUCAUCGACAGAGGAUGAGGUCGAGGACCCCUGGUACCACAAAGCAUGCAAGUGUGAUUGUCAGGGAGGGGCCAAUGCUCUGUGGUCGGCGGGAGCUGCCUCUUUAGACUGCAUUCCAGAAUGCCCAUAUCACAAGCCCCUGGGUUUCGAGUCAGGGGAGGUCACACCAGAUCAGAUCACCUGCUCCAACCCAGAGCAGUACGUGGGCUGGUAUUCCUCAUGGACAGCAAACAAGGCCCGGCUCAACAGUCAAGGCUUCGGGUGCGCUUGGCUUUCCAAGUAUCAGGACAGUAGCCAGUGGCUACAGAUAGACUUGAAGGAGAUAAAGGUGAUUUCGGGGAUCCUUACCCAAGGACGCUGUGACAUAGAUGAGUGGAUGACCAAGUACAGCGUGCAGUACAGGACUGAUGAACGCCUGAACUGGAUUUACUAUAAGGAUCAGACUGGAAAUAAUCGGGUCUUCUACGGAAACUCAGACCGGAGUUCUACAGUCCAGAAUUUACUGCGGCCCCCCAUCAUUUCCCGCUUCAUCCGACUGAUCCCUCUCGGCUGGCAUGUCCGAAUCGCCAUCCGGAUGGAGCUGCUUGAGUGUACCAGCAAGUGUGCCUGAUGUCUGUUUCAGCUCAGUCAGUCCUGCCACAAUGGGGAGAGCUUGGUGGGGGUGGGGGGCCCCUGACAUGCCAUUGUGAUGAACAGGGCUGGAGCUUAUAAGCACUUCCAAAUUCAGAUCUGGGUAGGGAAUAUUUCAUUUUUCAAAAGAUAUAGUUUCCAAUUUCAGUGGAAGAAAGAAAAAAAAAAGAGCAUUUCCUCAACUCAGCCAAAGAAAAUAAGAACAAAGAAAAUAUCCCUCAAACCAAUUUUCUUCCAUAAACCUAAAUAGCAAGGGUAAUUUGCUGAUCUCGCUCCCUCUCUCUUUUUCUUUUUGUCUCAGUGACACUGUCAAAGGUGCAGACCCGGGGGAACACAAAGCAGCUCUGAUAAUUUGAAAAUUCUUUUUGGCUCUUACCACAUUCAGAACAGGAGCAUACAAUUUUGCAAAGCCUCACAUGAAUGCUGAAGGUUUGCCCUUAAAACUUUCAUUAAAUCCCGACUAGAGAGGACUGGAGACAAGCAGGCAGGCAUGAAUAAAGCCGAGGGGAGCCUGUAGCAAGCCCAAGAGUCCGUCAACAGCAACCAACCGACCGACCGACCAGUCAAGGCUUCCCCCUCUUGUUUUUGCCUGGAAGGGGUUUGGGCUUUUAGCCAUAGACCUGAGGGAAUUAGGGCCGGCUGGAGUCCCUUUUACAUAUAGUUCCAGUCUACGACCCCAUUCAGCAAGCUGUCCAUCUGUGCUUACCAGGAAAUGAAUGCAAGUAGCAGGCUGCAUGUGUGUGGGUAGUGAGGCUUCCCUUACAUAGAGGAAGCCCAAAUGACUAGACUAUAUCACACCUUCUUUAUUGAUGGCUACAGUUUUCCAGAAAUUGAACACAUUUUGAAAACAGCUGAGGCAAGACAUCUCUCUGACUACUGGGAGACCAUGCUUUGUGGGAAGGGGUCAGAGCUCAUGUCAUAGAGGGCUGUGUGGGGAUGGCUUGUCAGUAAAGUGCUGACUGUACAAGCAUACGGAGGUGAGUUUAUAUUCCUAGAAUCCAUGUAAAAAGCUAGGCAUGGACAGGUAUGGUGGCGCACGCCUUUAAUCUCAGCAUUUGGGAGGCAGAGGCAAGCGGAUCUCUGAGUUUGAGGCCAGUCUGGUCUACAUAGCAGUUCCAAGCCAGUCAAGGUUACACAGUGAGACUCUGUCUCAAGAAAAAAAGCCAGGCAUGGAGGGCCAUCCCUGUAAAUCCUACGACUAGGAGGCAGGUAGACGGGAGGAUUCCUAGGGCUUGCUGAUCAGUCUAGUUUAAUCAGUAAGCUCCAGGUUCCCUGACAGACCCUAUCUCAGAAAUAAAGUGAGGAGCAAUUGAAGAAGACACCCGAUGUGGACUACACACACACACACACACACACACACACACACACACACACAGGAAAAGAAGAGCCUAUAGCUUCUCUCUGAGAUGCUUCUCCCCUCCUACCUCUGCCUUGCCCACUCAAACAUGCUUGCCUGACAUGGCAUUUGAAACUUCUUUGGGUAGAAAUGGACUUGGCUCAUCACUCUCUGGCUGGAGUAGCUCAUUUAGCGGAGAGCUUUGGAGCCUGAGGGAAUGACUACUGGUCUUGGUCUCAUUUGCCACACAGCUCAUGCUGUGUUUGAGGCCCAUCUCUGGGAGAGGCACGUAGGGAGAAACUGACAAUCCACAGGAUGAGGACCCUCCAGAGACAAGGGCCUGGCCUCACACACACUGUGUAGCCUUGGCUAGCAGCUCUUUUCUCUGAGAUAACUUUCCAUUUCCAGAUAUUAAAGGGAUUGCAUGGACCCACACUAAAAUGGCCUUGGAUGGCUGGACUUGGUGGCUUACAUCUUUAAUCCCAGCACUUGGGAGACAUGGACAGGUGGAUCUCUGUGAGUUCAAGGCCAGGUCUACAGAGCAAGCUCCAGGCCAGCCAAGGCUACACAGUGAGACUGCCUCUCAAAAAUCAAUCAAUCAAUAAAAUGACCUUGGAUGUCACAUUCUUCUCAGUGAAUGGAACAACUUCUCAAAAGCCUCCAAUUUCCUACCUAGUGUUUUGGAGUUUCACAGGUGUGUGUGUGUGUGGGGGGGGGGUGGCAUUGCACAAUGGCAUUCCUAGUAUUGCAACAUUUGUACAAAUCCAUUUUGGAUGAAAUUCCUGAAAGCAGACUCUUAUUUGGAAAACUGAAUUACUUUGUUCACCACACUGAGUAAUUGUCAGAGAAAAUGGCAAUAACUUAAGAGUACUGAUCAGGGAAAAAAUUAAACAAAAGGGUGUGAGGCAUGGAUAAAGACUUGUCAAAUAACAGUUCACAUCAUAAAUUUAAUAAUAGUUUUAUUAAGUUCACAUAAACAGCCCUUAUCCAUUUGAGGUGUAUAAUUCAAUGACAGUAUGUUCAGACUUGUGCAAUCAUUACCACAAGUAACUUUAGACUAUUCUUAUCACCCCAGAGAGAAUCCUCAACCCUGAGCCAUCAGCCACACCAGCCCUAGGUUACUUGUAAACCAUUUGCUGUCUGUAUGUAGAUUUUUCCUGUUCUGGGCAUUUUCCCACAUAAAUGGAAUUCUAUGAUAUACAGUAGUUUGUGGUUUCUUGUACUUAUCAUGUUUUUUCUUGUGUUUUUUUUUUGUUUUGUUUUUUCUGUGUAGUUUUGGUGCCUGUCCUGGACCUGGAUGCCACUCUGUAGACCAGGCUGGCCUCGAACUCACAGAGAUCUGCCUGGCUCUGCCUCCUGAGUGCUGGGAUUAAAGGUGUGCACCACUACUGCCUGGCACUUAUCGUGUUUUUAAAGUCCAUGUGUUGGAGAAGUACUUCUUCCCUUUUUGUAAAUAUCAUUCCAUGUAGGGAUAUUCAAUUAUUAUCUAGCCAUUCAUCUGGGUGGUUUCCACUUUGGGGGCUGUUAAAAAAAAUAAUGCUGCUAUAUGAAUAUUUGUGUGUAAAUUUUUCGUGGACAUGUUUUAUCUUGAGCAUACACACAGAAUUAUUGGGUCACUUGGUGACUCCAUGCUUAUCCUUAUGAAGAACUACUUUACCAGGUGGCUGCACACACCAUUUUCUGUUCUCACUAACAAUGUAUGAAGGUUCCAAUCUCUCCACAUCUUCAGCAAUGCUUCUUGUCUUCCAUUAGAUCCAUCCUAGCAUGUAUGAAGUGGCAUUCCAUGUUGAUUUUGAUUUGCAUUUCCAUAAUAACCAAUGGUGUUGAGUAUCUUUUCAAGUAACCAUUUGCAUACCUUUGGAGACACAUUUAUUCAGACCCUUUGCCCAUUUUAAAAUUUCAAUUCAUUGAUCCAUUAAGAGUUCUUUGUAUAAUCUACAUACAAUUCUCUUAUGAAUACACCUCUUCCAUCCUGUUUUUGUUGUUAUUUUGAGACAGGAUCUUACUAUGUAGCCCUGGCUAGCCUGGAACUCACUAUGUAGACCAGGCUGACCCGGAACUCGCCGAGAUCCUUUUGCCUCUGCCUCCCAGGUUCUGGGAUUAUGGGUCACCACAUCUGGCCUUUCUUUUUUAAAACUCUCUUGGUGAAGUCCUUUGAAGCACAACACAUUCCAAAGUUUAACGAAGUCCAACUUCCCUGUUACUUCUUUUGGUGUAUUAUCUGCUGCCAAGUCUAGAGUCAAGAAGGUUUACUCCUGUGUUUUCUUCAAAAAGUUUUGAAUUCUUUAAAAAAAAGAGACAGCUUUAAAGCAUGAGCUGAAUUCCAUUCUUUGCAUGUUAAUAUGCAUUUGUCCUGGUACCUUCUGUGGCAAUCCUUCCCCUAAUGAAUAGUCUUUGUACCCUUGCCAAAACCAACUGGCCCAGAAUAUGAGGGUUUUCUUCAGGCCUCCUAAUUUUAUUACUUUAUAGUCUCCAUUACUGUAUAGCACUGUAGGAAGUUAUUCUGGUCUUUUUCAAGAUUGUCCUGGCUAUUCUGAGUUCCUUAAAUUUCUAAAUAAAUAUAUCUGAGGCCAGCCAGGGGUUUCACAAUGGAAAAUGCUUACAAUUAUAGAAUUUAAUAGAGAGUGAGACACUACGAUCCGCAAAACAUGUACCUGUAGUUAAUUUACUUUCAACAGCACACAGAUUAUUUACUUCCUUAAAUUUGUGACAGGAUAUAUUAAAAACUAAACUAUUAUUGAAGGAAACCUGAAGCCGAACAAUCUUGCUAUUAGACAAAAAAUAUGCUUGCAGUAGCGUUUCUUUUAGGGUAUAAUUCAAUAAAAUUAUAUAAUGGAGCAAAAUCAUUCCCAUCUUAGCAUAUAUUGUUUAUUUUUAAUACCUGACUUUGGGCUAUAUGUGGGGGAUUGUUUUUUUUUAUGAUUUUGAGGACCUAACCCAGGGUCUUCAUACAUGCUAGGCAAAUGCCUUACCACUAAGUUCCACCAGCAGCCUGCGGAUUAAAACAAAAGAGUAAACCACCCAACAUUUUGCAUACUUUUAAUUAAUUAUGAAGCAUUAAAUAAUUCUAUUAAGAAAAACAAUUGGAAGUGAUCCUCGUACUUGACGUGGGAGGUUAUAUGGACAAAGCAAAGGUAUUUCAAAGUAGAGGAGCUGCUAUGAAUCCGGUUUCAGAGCCAAGAAGACUACAUCCCAUAAGGAAGCUUUUGAAUGACUGCUGACAGCGUCCACCUCUCUGACCACAUGAAGUGCAGCGGGAGAGGACAGCUGAAGAACACCUUAUAAGGGCUUCUGCUUCCCCUGCAAGUCCAAGACCAGCCCUAAGUUGGAUCUGUUUUUUUUAUAUGAAGAGCAAAUAGAAUACAUGUACCUAAUAUACUAACCACAGAGAUGUCUAUAGCCAGCUUUCCAUAGUCAGUGAAAUUUCUUCCCAGUUUCUUUAAGAUUGACGAUUGAUUGAGAGAGAGAGAGAGAGAGAGAGAGAGAGAGAGAGAGAGAGAGAGAGAGAGAGAGAGAGAAAGCGAAUGUGUGCAUGUGUGUGCAUGUAUGCAUCCAUGGAAGCCAGAAGAGGAUAUCCAGAUCUGGAUCUGGAGUUAUAGGUAGUUGUGAGCCACACAAUGUGGGUACUAGGAACUGAACUCAGGCCUUCUGGAGGAGCAGCAGCAAGUGCUCUUAAUUAGUAACCAUCUCUCCAGCCUCCCUUCCCAACUUGGGAACUAGCAACUGAGGCACAAAUACAAAGCAUGAUGUUAUACUAGCCAACAUUUACCAAAAAUUCUGCUAAAUGUUUGGCAGCAUCUCAUUAAAUGCUCACAACAGCCCUAUGUUAUAGAUACCAGCAGUGUUUCCAUUUAAAGGCAAAGAAACUGAGGCACAGAGAAGCUAAGUAAGUAUGUUACCUCAGGUCAUGUCAGAAUUAAGUGAUAAAUCCACUAAGGCCAUCUGUCUAUUUAACCACUUCAUUAGCAUCCCUAGAUGUCCAAUAAGUUGUUUCAUUGAAGAACUGUUUCAUUCUUUUUUUUUUUUUUUUUUUUUUUUUUUUUUUUUUUUUUUGGUUUUUCGAGACAGGGUUUCUCUGUGUAGCUUUGCGCCUUUCCUGGAACUCGCUUUGUAGACCUGGCUGGCCUCGAACUCACAGAGAUCCGCCUGGCUCUGCCUCCCGAGUGCUGGGAUUAAAGGCGUGCGCCACCACCGCCCGGCACUGUUUCAUUCUUAAAUCAAAUAAGUCACUACCAGCUGGGAGAUAGAGUGGAAGAUGGCACAUGAAUUGGUGUGAGCUUUUAGAAAAAAAUUGUUAUGCUGGGCAUGAUAGCUCAUGCCUAUAAACAUGGGAAGUGGAGGCAGGAUGAUCAGGAGUUCAAGAGUAUUCUCAGAUAAUUGUGAAUUGAAAGCUAGCCUGAGCUACACAAGAUCUUUCCAAGAUGAAACAAAACAAACAAAGAGCCCCAUACACUUGUUUUAGUCUUCCAUUUCUUAUGAAACAGGGCCCUCUGACUUCCACACACUUGCUGUGGCACAUACAUGUCUACAGUCAGUGACAGACAGACACAUAGAAGAUGAGUUCUGAGUUUCAGCUCGUAACCCCUUUUAAAGAAUGAUAUUUAAAACUGGAGAAUAACUGACAUAUAAAGUACCAUGGAUUUGAAGUUUCUGUCUCCCUACUGAGAAGUACACAGUUAUAAACUGAAGAGGUGCAGCCACUGUGACUGUAUUUAUCCUGUCUCCAGUAGCAUCCCUUUGGCUCAGAGUAGUCCAGUAGCAUCCCCUUUGGCUCAGGAUAGUAUGCACGGUUGGCCUAAACCUGGCAUCAGUCAACUCUGCUCGUGCAUAUUAUCUAGCUGUCUCUGUGCUGUAUGCACAGAGUUCUGUGGAGUCAACCAAGUUCUUACGGCCCACAGAGCCCAUUUACUAUUUGACCUUUCUGAAAGAGUGCCAACCCUUGCUCUAGAACAAGAAGCAAUCUUUCAGAGCUGACCAUCUUUUCUUCAUAGCUCUAAGCACACCAGGUUAGCAUCUCUCUUCAUCUUCAAAUUACCAAGUAAGCACCAAACAAUACAGAUGACAACACUCAAGUGUGAAAGAAACCAAGGUUUUCACAAUGCCAUAAGGGGAAAAGAACUUUAUAAAUAGGAAAAAAAAAACAUUUAAGUAACAGGAUUUGCUUUGCUUUACAUUAAUUUCUCUCCUUGAAACUGAUUACAACUUCAAAGGCCCAUUGCCCCUCAUUUGAAUUCAAACACAUUCAUGUUUACAAAGAAAGAAUUAAAAUGGAGCUGCUUUCGUAUUCAAAGGCAAGAAGGACCACAGUGUUCAAGAUUGGGAAAGCCUGGCAGUCACAUCAGUCAGUGCAAAAUCUGCAUUUUAUUAAAGACAUGUGGGAAGAUCCAUUCAAAAAUACAUUGUGCUCAGUAAAAAUUAACUGUUUCAUGCUGUUAAUGAAGGUUACCACGGAGUAGAUAUUUGUAGAAUAUGUACAGCAACAAUAGAAAUUUUACAGAAGUUUAGAAUGGAAUACAUGCCAGAAAAAACUUGAUAAGAUGUACCAACACAUGAUACAAAGAGUUAUAGAAACACUUUACAAAUGGUUCAUAAUUAGCUUGUGAGGAAUUUUAAGUAUUCAACACUUUAAAUUCAGUUUGGAUUCAAAAAUUAAAAAGAUUAACAACCACAUCACACCCUUGCCACAGUAAAAAGUAUGGAAUACAUUUUAUAUAAUGAAUUAUAAAGUCUGUGCAAUUAAGAAUGUCCACUGAUUCUUUAUCUACCACACAUCAGAUGGCAUAUCCCUCUGGCUUAUCCCUAUUUUUGUAUUUAAGAAUGAACAGGGCUCUCAAUGUUACCCUGUCCUGUGCCUUCCCAGAUUACCCCCUUCAAACUUAGUAAAGAUUGAAGAAGUUUCUGAUAAUUGUCUAAGUAUAUACAGAAUAACUACCUGAAUUCAGAAUGGCACAAAGCAAUUCUUGGAGCUUGAACUCUGGGGUAACUAUUUUGUUUGGCUUAAUUGUCUCUGUUCAUCAAUGCAAGUUUACAGUAAGAAUUUACUUCUUUCUACCACCACAUCGCCACUCCUCCCCCAACCCAACUCCAUCACUGACAAGAGAGUAAACAAGGAGAGGGAGAGACUGGUGACUAGAACCCACUGGUCAUCCCUAGGGAAAAUGGAUUUUCUGCGAGCUUUACUUUCCACUUUUGGAAAAUCGUAGCCAGUGUGGAGAAUAUACAUUCUCCAGAAGGAAAAGCAUCGUCUUUCUCACGAAACUCUACUGAGUUUAACCAGAGCUUUUGAUGAUUCUGGCAAGAAACACUUUAAUCCCCGAACAGGGACAAAAGUCAAGGCAUCUACCUUUUCGAUUCCUGGGUUUCUUCGGAUUAGACCUGAAGCACAGCACUAGGACAAGCUUGUCUAUGCCUGAAAUGACUCACAGCAGCCUUCCGGGAAGGGAAAUCCCCAACCAAAGGAAGUCCUGAGGGAUUCUCAGCAGCUCUGCCAAACAGGAGGGGACACGGAGGGACAGAUAAGGCCUCUUUCUCCCUGAUACUCUGCCUGGGAAGAGCAGCAAACAAGGCAACUUCUAAUCUGCAUACAACACGGAGACUGAUUUCAGAUUCCCAAGGAGGACCAAUUGGACCGAGGAUCAAAGGGGGUGGAGAGAGCUUACCCUUGUGAGAAAUGAAGGGCCUUAGAAGUGAAACCAGUUCCACUCCUGGCAGUUCUGCUGGCCCUAUAAAUCCAGCGUACAGACUAUGACAAUUUUAUUUUUUUCUGGCAAAACAAGAGACAACCCUCCCUUAAAUGUGGGAGUAAACAAUUGAAUGAAAAUACAAGGCAGGUCAAGAUCAUAUUUAACAGCCUACAGCAAAUAGAAAGAAAGAUGGGUCAUGCCCAGAGAGGAGAACGAUGGAGUAGGGACCAGGCCAAAUGCUGAUGAAUUAACAAAGCACUGUGGGCAACGAUGAUUUAUGUAAGUAACUGGUUUGCACAAAGUCUACCAUCUUGUAUAGCUACAUUCAGUUAAAAAAAAAAAAAGAAUCGCAUGGGCAAUAGGCCCAGAGUUUCCUAGUCACC